CCAACUUCCCCUCGUUCCCUCCCUCCCGUCCUCCGUUCCCGCCGCCAUUUCAAACCCACCUCCGAUGGCCACCGCCGGUGGCGACGGCGACCCGCCCCAGCCCUUCCCCGCCGACCUCGACGACAACGGGUUCCCCGCUCUACCCUCCUCCCCCGCCGCCACCACCACCACCAGCAGCGGCUUCGCCGAGGACUUCUACCGCAGCGGCACCGACUGGUCCUCCCUGCGCGCCCCUCCGCCGCGGCGGCCGCCCCCCGAGGGGGCACCUGGGGUUAAGGCGAAGGGGAAGGAGGGCGGCUCGCUCGUGCAGAGCAGCCUCUUCCAGGCGUGGGGGCUCGAGAGGCCGCGGCGGGAGGAGGGGGCCGGGGCUGGGGAGUCCUCGCUCGUGCAGAGGAGCCUCUUCCAGGCGUGGGGGAUCGAGAGGCCGAAGCGGGAGGGGGUCGGGGCUGGGGACCGCUCCCCUUCCCCCUCCCGCUCCGGUUCUUGGUCGGGAAGGAAGCGGCGGCGAGGAGGCCCCGACGAGGCGGCGGCGGCGGGGGCCAUGAAUCCCCGCACGUGUCCCUUUUACAAGAAGAUUCCCGGCACACCAUUCACUGUGGAUGCAUUUCGGUACGGAGAAGUUGAGGGGUGCUCUGCCUAUUUCCUCAGCCAUUUUCAUCAUGACCAUUAUGGUGGAUUGACCAAGAAAUGGUGCCAUGGCCCCAUCUAUUGUUCUGCGCUCACGGCACGCUUGGUAAAGAUGUGCCUGUCAAUAAAUUCAGAUUAUAUUUGUCCCUUGGAGCUUGAUACCGAGUAUGUCAUCGAGGGAGUGACGGUUACCUUGUUGGAGGCCAAUCAUUGCCCUGGUGCAGCUCUAAUUCACUUCUUACUAAGUGAUGGAAAGACUUAUCUCCACACUGGGGAUUUCAGAGCAUCGAGAUCCAUGCAACUCCAUCCACUCCUCCAGAGAGGCCGCAUAAAUUUGCUUUACCUGGACACAACAUAUUGCAAUCCCAAGUACAAGUUCCCACCCCAGGAGGAUGUUAUUGAUUUUGUUGUGAGCACAGCUCGAAGAUAUCUGAAGAAGCAACCAAAAACCCUCAUUGUUGUUGGGGCAUAUAGCAUUGGGAAAGAAAAUGUGUAUCUAGCGAUUUCUCAAGCUUUGGAGGUCCCCAUAUACACCGAUGCAUCGAGAAGACGGAUUCUUCACUCAUUUGGCUGGACGGACUUAUCCAAAAGGAUAUGUCCGUGCAAUCAAAGCUCACCGCUUCAUGUUUUACCCCUUGGAUCUGUAAACCAUGAGAACUUGAAGAAGUACUUGGGGACUCUUAACCAAAGAUUUCUAGCUGUGCUGGCUUUUCGGCCUACAGGUUGGACUUUCUCUGAGGCAACUGGAAAGCAGCUUGACCUAAUAAAACCAAGAUCUAAUGGCAGUGUAACAAUCUAUGGUGUGCCUUAUAGCGAACACUCAAGUUUCACUGAGCUUAAAGAUUUUGUGAUGUUUGUGAGACCUCUAAAGGUAAUCCCCACUGUCAAUGUUGGCAACGCGGCAAGUCGAGAUAAUGCAAGCAUAUUUCCGGGAAUGGCUGAAGGGCUCGUGAUAGAUGAGGCCUGAUCAAUUUUUUGUAUGGUGGCCUCAGCUCUUGGACAUUCA